CACCAAUCUAAAAUCAUUUUCAAUACAAGACACGAUUAAGAGAAUAAAAGAAAUGCUUAUGGUUUCACUACUCCCUCGCGGAAACAGAACGACGCUGCCGAAGUGAAGAAAACAGAAUCGAAAAAAUGUCAAGCAAGAAAAAACCCAAACGCAAAAACAACAAUAGCGACGAUGAAGACGACGACGUUUUCUUCUACCGUUUCUGCGCUUCAUCCUCAACCCCCAACACCACCACCACCACCACCAACAACAACAACCAAAUCCAAUCCUCAAAACCAAACAACAAAGCACCAUCAUCAACAGGAGAAACCUUAGCACCAUCAAAAUCAACCAUAUACGUUUCAAAUCUAGAUUACUCCUUAACUAACUCCGAUCUCCACACUCUUUUCUCCACCUUCGGCCGAAUAGCGCGUGUGACAGUUUUAAAAGACCGUCACACGCGCUUAAGCCGAGGUGUAGCUUUUAUUCAAUUUGUUUCCCGUCACGACGCCCAAAUCGCCGUGACGGAGAUGAAUAAGAAGAUUUUGAAUGGUAGGACUUUGAGUGCUUCUAUUGCUUCUGAUAAUGGACGCGCUCCCGAGUUUAUAAAGAAGCGGGUUUAUAAUACUGAGACGGGAUUGUGUUUUGAGUGUGGUGGGAGUGGGCAUUUGUCUUAUGAGUGUCCUAAGAAUCAGUUGGGGGCUAGGGCGAGGCCGCAGCCGAAGAAGCCGCGGAGGGGAUUUGGUGGGUCUGGAUGGAGCAAAGAGGGGGAUGAGGAGGAGGAAGAGAAUGAUAGGAUUGGCGCAGAGCGGUUUGAGGAAGAUAAUUGGGCUUCUGUGGUGGAUGAUGGAGCUGAUGAGAGAUUGUUAGGGAGGAAUGGGAAUGAGGGUGAGGGUUUGGAUGAUAAGAAGAGGAGGAAGAAGAAAGGGAAGAGAGCUGGGUAUUUUAGUGAUGAGAGUGAUCACGAGGACGAUGAUUGAUCGUGAGUGAUGGUGUUUUUUUUUUUUAUCGAGGUAUGUGUAAUUUAUUAGCAUGGAUACUUCAGAUUGAAAGUCUGUUAGGAGGCACUGUAACAAUAUUGACACAUAUGGUCACAUUAAUGUUGGUGUCAUGUAUUAGGAUUAAUGUCGGUGCCAUGUAUGCAUCAGAGCUUUAUAGGGUGUAAUUGAUGAAAUUAUAUAUAUGGUUUGGUUUCAUAGGAAAAUUUUAUGGUUUUGAGCAUUAACAGAUUUUAAUUUUUAAUGUAUUAUUGCAGUAGUGUUCGAUAUUGUGAUAAACUGAUAAUGAUUAGUGAUAAUGGUGAAUUAGUGUUGAUCA